AUGCGCACAGCCCAAGGUAGCCUAAUGAUGGAUUUUGAUGAGCGUGUCCCCUGUUCCUCUAACAUGUAUCUGCCCAGUUGCACUUACUACGUCUCCGGUCCUGACUUCUCCAGCCUGCCUUCAUUCCUGCCCCAAAGUCCAUCUUCUCGCCCCAUGCCCUACUCCUACUCCUCUAACCUGCCCCAGGUGCAGCCAGUCAGAGAGGUGACCUUCAGAGAGUAUGCCAUUGAUACCUCCAGUAAGUGGCACCCCAGGACCAACCUGCCCCAUUGCUACACAGCAGAUGACAUUAUGCACAGAGACUGUCUCCCUGCCUCCAACGCAGCUGGCAUGGGGGAGAUGUUCGGCAAGAGUUCCUCCAAUGUGUACCACCCAAAUGCCAACGUCUCCUCCAACUUCUAUAGCGCAGUGGGCAGGAAUGGGGUGCUGCCACAAGCCUUUGACCAGUUCUUUGAGACAGCCUAUGGCAACGCGGAUCACCAGCCUUCCGACUUUUCCCUGGACAGACACUGCGACAAAGUUCCCGGAGCGACUGCGACAACUUCAAGUUCGGAGCCCAGGGAGGCUGAGGAGAAGGAGAGGAGAGCGGAGAGCAGCCACAGCAGCCACAGCCACAGCAGCUCCCACUCAUCCUCCGGCAACAAUGAGGACAAAGCCAAUGGCUCCAGUGGACAACGUACCCGUAAAAAGAGGUGUCCUUACACCAAAUACCAAAUUAGGGAACUGGAAAGGGAAUUUUUUUUCAGUGUUUAUAUAAAUAAAGAGAAAAGGCUACAGCUUUCUCGAAUGCUGAAUUUAACCGACCGACAAGUCAAGAUAUGGUUUCAAAAUAGGAGGAUGAAAGAGAAAAAAAUUAACAGAGACCGAUUGCAGUAUUACUCGGCUAAUCCUCUCCUAUGAGAGUAACAGCGUUUUCCCCCCGGACGUAUUACCUAUUUUUGUUCAUGACAAGUUUACAUGUAUGUGGAUGUGCAUGUAACUUACAGGAACCAUGGGAAGUAACAUUUGUUCAUGAACAACCCUUCGUAAACGAAAAUAGCUGCCUCUAAUCUUAGAACCAGACGAGGAUGCUAAGGGUAGCAGUAUGCUUUCAAAUUCCUAGCUGAAUAAUGUGCUUGGAUGCAGGAAUCACCAAUUAUUGACACACGUUAUCUUGUUGUGUUAAUGGACUGAUGUUUUCAGUACGAUUUUGGUACAGUCUCUAAAAGGACCAGUUGCAACAUUUGAUUUUGAUGUACUUACUAUGACUUUGAAGAUAUUUUCUGACUGUUCUCACCUUCUCAUCGUACAAAAAAACAUUCGGCUUAAAAAUGUACUCUCGAGUUGUUUUAUUAUUGCAAUAGGAAACACAAACAACCAAAACACAGAAGUUAUGUGGUUUACUUGUCGGUUUAAUGUCCAAGCGUCCUGCUGUCUCCUUUCCGUUUCACCCAUAUCAGUUAUUGCAAAUUUCACCUAUGUGGUCUAUGAAAUAUGCACUUUGUUUGCUAAUAUCAAUCUAUGUCUGUGACUGAAGUUGCGGAAACCCGCAAUUUAAAAUCAGACAGCAUGUAUGUAUUACUAUCACCUGUUUGAAUAAGCAGUGCAACCAGACAAUGAUAAGAGAAAUAAAUCCACUCACAGGAUAUAAUCAAGAAAGUCUCUCUCUCUCUCUCUCUC